CUGUCGGAUCCCCGGGCGGCCAGGGGGGGACAUGGUCCCCUCCGUGGGCCCUUCCUGGCGGCCAUGAAGAGGCAGAACGUGCGGACCCUCUCCCUGAUCAUCUGCACGUUCACUUACCUGCUGGUGGGGGCGGCUGUCUUUGAUGCCCUGGAGUCCGACCACGAAAUGCGCGAGGACGAGCAGCUGAAAGCCGAGGAGACCCGGCUCAAGGGGAAGUACAACAUCACCAACGACGACUACCAGCAGCUGGAGGAGAUUAUCAUGCAGUUGGAGCCCCACCGGGCAGGGGUCCAGUGGAAAUUCGCAGGGUCUUUCUACUUUGCCAUCACAGUUAUCACCACCAUAGGUUAUGGGCAUGCUGCCCCAGGAACAAAUGCUGGGAAGGCUUUCUGCAUGUGCUACGCUGCCUUGGGCAUCCCAUUGACCCUGGUCAUGUUCCAGAGCCUUGGCGAACGCAUGAACACCUUUGUCAAGUACCUCUUGCAGCGGAUGAAAAGGUGCUGCAGGAUGAGGAGCACUGAUGUCUCCAUGGAGAACAUGGUGGCCGUCGGAUUCUUUUCAUGCAUAGGGACCCUCUGCAUAGGAGCAGCGGCCUUCUCCCACUGCGAAGAAUGGAGCUUUUUCCAGGCCUUCUACUACUGCUUUAUAACAUUGACUACAAUAGGGUUCGGGGACUACGUGGCCCUUCAGACGAAAGGAGCCCUCCAGAGGAAGCCGCUCUACGUGGCCUUUAGCUUUAUGUACAUCCUAGUAGGGUUGACAGUCAUUGGGGCAUUCCUCAAUCUGGUUGUUCUCAGGUUGUUCAUGAACAUCGAGGAAGAGAGGCGGGAGGCUGAGGAACGGGCCUCCCAGGCAGGGAACCGCAACAGCAUGAUCAUCCACAUCCAAGAAGAUUCCCAGCAUGGGCGGCCGAGGUACAAGGCCGAGGUGACGGACCUCCAGUCGGAUUGCUCCUGCAUGUGCUACAGAUCCCACGAAUACACCAGCCGGGUUGUGUCCCACCAAAACUCCUUCAGCUCCAAAUUGAACCUCCAGUACUUUCACUCUAUCUCCUACAAGAUAGAGGAGAUCUCGCCAAGCACAUUAAAAAACAGCCUUUUCCCAUCCCCUGCAAGCUCCAUCUCUCCUGGCUUGAACAGCUUCACAGACAGCCACAGGCUGAUGAGACGGCGGAAGUCCAUCUGAAGUCCUUUGUCCUCGAGGCUUUUGAUCUUUUAUUCCUAAGAUUGGGGGUUUUUUUUAAUUAAAAAAAGGAAUUCCUCGUGUAAGUCAGAGCGAGGCUAAGAUUAAUCACGGAAAUCAAGCAAAGGAAUAGACACCCUUCCUCUGAGACUCAGCUCUGGAGCAAAGUAUGCCUUACAUUUACGUCCCUGCCCCUCGGUAGUCUGAAGAUUCGAGGUGAUGGGAAGUGGGUAUCCAAAUUCCAAAGUUGCACAUAUUAGCUGGGAGCUUUCAAAGUGCCCUCGGGCGCUUUUUGACCUAAUGAACUCUUUUCCUUCACAAGCAGGUCACUCUGUGUGUGUAUGUGUGAGAGAGAGUGAGAGAGCACGAGUGUGCCUGUGUGUGGUGUGUCUGGGUGACGGUAUAGGUGCACACGCACAAUUCCACUACCAGUGCCAUGUGACUAACAAAGUAUAUAUCAAAGCAUCAGGUAUUGGUUUUGUUUUCUUUCGAUUCCUUUGAAGAACUUGUAUUCUGGCCUGCGUUUUGGCUUCCAAAACAUGGCAGGGGCCGCGGGAACGGGAAAAAGCUGCUAUUCUCUUUUGUUUGCUGCGUCAAGCAUGCACCAUAAACGGUCAAUAUACCAAGUGUAUCAUGGUGAUUUUUUUAAUGCUAGAUUUUAUUAGAUGUUUUGUUUCCAGAAAGGUUCAAGGCAGGAAAGAAGGAUUGCUUUUGCUUGCCAGAUCAAAUCCUUACAAAUCCUUACAAAAAAACCUCCCCAAUACAUAUAUAUUUUUAAAAAAAUCUACAGCAUGCAUUUUGUAGAACUGGUAUGCAUUAAGACAAUACAAAAGGAAAACAAAACCCUUGAAAAGAUGGGAUUAAUACUCUAAAGCAAAUAAUAUGGUUUUAAAAUCAGUUUCUUUUCAUUAUUUGUUGGUUUCUUUUAAUUAUUUGUUUCUUUUAAUUAUUUGUUAUUGUUCCAACUAUAUGCCACAUCACAGAGGGUUUUUCUUUUCUGAGAGGGGGAAUCGUUGGAACUGAAGAGUAUCUAUUUUAUUAUUUCUUAUUUAUACAGUUUUGUAUAAAAUUAAAUUUUAAGUUAUCGUGUGCUUAUGUGUGAGCCUGAAUGUGUGUGUGUGCGCUGCAUUAGAUGCAUGCAUAGGAAUUAUAUUUUUGGGAAUGCUUGGACAAGGAUGGUAUACAGAGGUGGGUGUAUUCCCCCCCUUCUUACAUAAAAAAACAGGGCAUUCCUUGUUUUAAAUUAUUAUUAUAAUAAAAUAUCAUCUCUAAAUGCUUUUGAUUUGUAAAUAAUGGAAAGCCUUGGUUGGUCUCAGGAAGGAUUCAAGAGAGAGUGUCUCACGCUUUGACCUUCUGGGAACAUUUAAACCCUGACAAUCUUUUGCUGAGCGAAUGAGUUCAGUUGAGGCAACUGUGGGUGUCAAUCCUUGCUCUGCUUUGACCCUUUGAAUGAUUGCACUGGAAUUGAGUUGCUUUAGUGACUUGAGAGCAGCUCUUCAAACCAUUUUGUUCAAGGAAUACAAGAUCUAGGAAUGGCGAGGCAAUUCCAAAACAGUUGAAAACAGCUAGGGUUAUCCAGAGAAAUGGGCUCAUUUAAAAUGGAAAAGCUUAUCUGAGCGCUAAAUACCCACCCCAUGACAUGAAGAAGCUUGCCUGUUGCUGCCUCUGCAAGAGUCCCUGUUCUGGCUUGGCCUCCUUCCAGCCAAUCAGCCUCCUUUUUGUGAGAUGGCAAUUCUGCUGUAUGUCUCCAUCGGGUCUGUGAAAUGGAUCAUUCAGUUGCUCCCAAUGCAACAGUGCUUUUCAUCAGCCCAAUGGCCAUUUUGUGUUUUGUGCCUGUGUUUGAACCAUUAUGUAACAAUCCAGUUUAUCCUAUGAUAUUACAUAUCAGCACCAGAGUGAGGGAGGUAGGGAUUUAGAGUGCUCAGGGCAUGGUUAAAAUGUUGUUGUUUUUUGACAGAGCAAGCUGCAAAGCAGGGAUGAGACAUGCCAUAAUGAAGCAAGGCAAGCAGAAGGCUAAUAUGAUGCUGUGAUUUUCUGAGGGUUGCAAUGGCCUCAGCAAAAGGCUUUCACGAGGCUUCAGGGUCUGGAGUUUUCUAUAUUAGUUCAUCUUUCUCACUUGGUAAAUAUAAAGAUCUGAAGGCCUAGUAUUCAUCCCUUCCAUUUCUUGUACCCUCUGGCCCAGUGUAAGGGGGAAAUGUAAAAUUGCAGAGUGAGGGGUGAAGCGAAAUAAACAAUACACUUAUGAUGACAUGUUUUUGAGAAUGGUGAAACUAUCUGAAUUGUACAAUAUCAGGGCCGAGGAACGGUUCGCCACAGGGACCUCGACAUGUAGCCUGCAGACAGUUAAGAGUGCAAUUACGCUUUAAAAAACAGCCUCCAUUGGUGUCAGCAGAAGCUGAUUUUUAAACCUAUUUGCCAUGCAGGAGGAAAUUUUGGGAAGGGAGACAUGGCUGAGGAGGGAAGAGGUAACCUGUGUUCUGUUGUCACUCCCCACCCACACCCCCAAAUUACUUCACCACCACACAUCUUACAAAACAGCUUGGUGGCUGAGGACCUGUAAGCACACACAAGAGUUGUUGUUAUUUUCUAGGCAGGAAAAGUGCUUUAUUCUGGUGAACUUACUUCCAAAUUAAAAAAACAAUUGCUUGCACAUUCUCUUUAAAUAAUAAUAAAAAAAAAAUUAAUUGAGUUUUUAAGUUGGUUAUUCAUAUACAUAUUCCAUUCGUUUUUCAAGCCCUUUGAAACAGCACAACAGUGAAAACAGCAAUUAAGAUGGAGGGGUUUAGGUCAGGAGAUCGGGGAUGUGACAACAAGUGCGUUUGCAAGACCCUGCGGAAUGCCAAUGCAGAUAGGACCUCUUGCAGGGUGAGCAUUCCACAACACUGGGGCCAGCAGCACUAUCAAGUGUUAUCUGAGGUGAAAAUAGCUUUCUUUCCUGCAGGCUCUGCCCUCUGACACACCAGCUUCUUUUCCGUUGUCGCUUAAUGCCAACCAGUAUCACCAAAGAUGAUGCAUGAAAUGCAAUAUUGGCCAGAAUGAAGUCAUUAACUAAAAUAAUAGUAAACAUAAUACUGCUAUUUAAAGUCUUUUGAAUGGAAUAUAUUUUAUUAUAUUUAUUUAACAAGAUUUAUAUACAGCUUACGUAUUUUUCUUUAAAAAACCCCCCAUCUAGCUAUUUUAUGUUA